AUGCAGCUGUACUCUAAAGGCGCGGUUCUGGAAACCCCCUUUGAGGCAGACUAUGAAGACGUCUCCAAGGUUGCUGGCUUCAUCGAAUCUAAACUUGUCAUCUACUACUUGCAAAUGAAAAGACCUGACCUAGCUCUUAAUCAUUCCCAUAGUAGCAUACAACUAAAUCCAGUCGCUUACCAGCAUUACCAUCAUCAGGCAACAGUGUUCAGAUUAUUGGCACAUUACUCUGAGGCUGCAAGGAGUGCCAUGAUUGCUGACUACAUGUACUGGCUGUCCGGAGGCAGUGAACAACAUAUAAGCAAGCUCAUCAAACUGUAUUGGCAGGCAAUGUUGGAAGAGGCCAUUACUAAGGUAAGUGCCUUCUCUGUCAUGUACACAUCAUGUACUGUGAAGCCGACAGUGGACGGCAUUGAAAAAGCCAAGGACAUUUUCAGAAAACAGCAUCCCACAUAUACUGCCUACGUGUUCAUAGAUCCUGCUGUUGUUCAUUGUUUGCCCCAGGCUACAAACUGGGGUUUGCCUGUCUCUCAACAAUACAUGAUAACCCUUGGAUUCAAGAAGCAAGAAGACGGGAGCGUCUUGGAAAAACUCAGAACGUGUCCGACUUUUAUAGGGAGUAAAGCCCCAUUUGGUCCACUUACGACAAAAGAAACUGAGAGGAGCAUUGAAACCUUAGGAAAACGGAUCCUGUCAGUGUUAGAUUUUAUUAAGUGCACAAAGUUAGCUGGGGUUUUCUGUGCAGGUUCAGGGAUAAUGGAAAAGCUGCUGUACGCUGGUUACCUCUGCCGAUUGCAGCAUGUGAAGGAGCAGUCCCAGGUGAUUAAUCAAGCUCUGGCUGAACUAGCAGUCAUCCCAUAUCUACAGGACAUCAGUCAGAAGGAGGCUAAACUGCUGCAUGCAUUAAUGGCAGACACCAUGGACACCCUUGAAGGAAGCCGGACUGAUAAAGAAAUAUGCCAUCAAAGACAAAAAAUAAUGAUAAAUGGCACCACCCAAGGUGAACCAACACCAGACAACAGGGAGAACUUCAUCUGUUGGUUAAAUGAAAAUCUUAUUUACCAAUCUGAAAAUGUCUUCCUAAGGAAUAAAGAACUACGGACUACUAGAAAGCAGAGGGCUAAAGUGAAGAGAACUCAGAGUGUGAAGACCCAGCCGUCACUAGAGAAUGCACAGCAUUCCCAAGACGUAUCCAAGAUGGCAGCACAGACAUUAAUACACCCACCGCCUGACAGUCGGGACAACAAAGGCCUGACUUCAAAUUAA